AUGUUCAAUUUGAGUACCCGGAUCCAGACCGCGGGCAACCAGGCGCUCACGCUGUCAGCAGUGCUUGCGGGCAUUGUUGUGAUGCUUCUGUUGUUGCAAUUGUGGCGUGACGCCGUGUGGCUGAUCGAUGCUGUGGAGAUUGCCAAUAUCAAGCUGACGACCACCCUCAAAAAGCUGUUCCAAUACGGGUCCACCGGCGGCCGGCCCAAGGAAAAUAACAAGAUCUCGUUCGACUUGGAGCUGGACUUGACCCCAUUAUUCAAUUGGAACACUAAGCAAGUGUUCAUCUACUUGACUGCCUCGUAUAACAGCACUGAUGGCGGCGAGCUGAAGGUGACGUACUGGGACAAGAUUUUGCGGACGAAAGAGGAUGCCACGUUGAAGUUGAAGAAUGCCAAGUCCAAGUACUCGGUGUGGGACGUGCAAGACAGCUUUGACGGCACGCCGGCGGUGGUGAAGUUGGAGUGGAACAUCCAGCCUUGGAUCGGGCCGUUGAUCUACGGGGAAACCACCACUACCGCCACGUUUGAGUUUGCUCAACCCAAGGAUAAGCUGGCCCCUAAAGCGACCAAGGAAAAGCGGGAGAAGAAGACGGAGAAGAAGACGAAACGAGUGAAGAAGGAACUGGCGAAGAAGGAACAGGUCGAGUAA